AUGAUAGAACCAUAUUAUACUGACGAUGGAGAAGAUGUAUCUCCUAGGUAUACCGAUUCUCCAGAAUUCGACGCCUUGAAGGAUAAGAUCACUAACCAGCUAUUUGAAAUCAAUGGUCAUAUUAGUACGUUGAAUCAGUUUGUAUCCAGUUUGAACUCCUUCUUAGAAAAAGGAAAUAUUAAUGUAAAGGCAAUAGACAAUAUCGAUAAGAAAUCGGUAGAUAAAAUAAAUAGAGUGACAAAAUUAAUCACAGAAAUAGAACCUUCUCUCAAGGAGUUAAACCAGAUAGAUAUGACCACAUUAGAUAGGACACAAUCUAUCUCUAGAGAUAAAUUAAGUAGAGAUGUAAGAUCUACUGCACAACAAUUUCAAAUAACACAAAUGGCAUUUACAAAGAUAAUAAAAUCUAUUAAUAAUAAAGCGAAACAUGAUUUGCAUAUGGAUGCUAACGCAACAUCACUUUUACAAGAACAAGAAAAUGAACAAGCCGAUAUGCAGUACCACACUCAUGAUAAUGGUCAAGUUCAGGUCCCAAAACCCAAACAGAGCACAAUUGUCGUUGAAAUGGAUCCAAUUAAUAAUGAAGAAUUCACAUAUCAACAAAAUUUAAUUAAUGAAAGAGAUCAAGAAAUAUCCAACAUCCAACAAGGUAUGACUGACUUAAACGAAAUAUUUAAAGAUCUGGGAGCAGUGGUACAGCAACAAGGUAUCAUGGUCGAUAACAUCGAAGCAAACAUAUAUUCUGCGUCAAACAAUACAAACAUGGCCUCCGGGGAAUUAGACAAGGCCAGAAGAUAUCAAAGAAGAUCAAGCAAAUACUGUCUCUACUUAUUGAUCGUUCUAUCGGUAAUGCUCUUUUUCUUAUUACUAAUCAUAUUCAUAUAG